AUGUAGAGAGUGAGAGAGAGAGAAAAAGAGAGACAGAAAUAAAGAAAGAAAAGGACGUAAAGAGCGUUUUCAGUGAAGAGCGAGCGAGCUAGAGAGAGAGAAAGAGAGGGAUAGAGAUAGAGUUAGUGGUAGGUGGUCUAAGAGGGGCGGGGGAGGAGGAGCAGCGCCGGGCAAAGCGUCGGCGGCUCUGUAGCCGGCGUCGCCGCAGGCUCCGUCGUAGCCGAGCGUGCGCGAAGGCGAACGAGCGCCUACGGAAACGUGCGAACGGCGAGGUUCGUGCUGCCGAACGAGCGGAACGGUCAGGCAGUGCGGUGCCGACUCUUGCUGCCGCGGCGGUCGCGGAUUUUGCGGCUUUGCGAGAGAGAGAGAGUGUGUGUGCGUGCGCGCUCGCGCGUGUUUACACGACUCGAGAGAGACAGAGAGAGAAAGAGUGGGUGGGUGGGUAGUGCGAAGAAGUGAGAAAAAGAUAGAUAGACAGAGAGAGAGAGAGAGAGAGAGAGAAAGAAGGAAAGCAAGAGAGAGAGAGAGAGAGAGAGAGAGAGAGAGAGUGGAAGAAGAGAGAGAAAGAGAGAGAGAGAGAGGGGUGAUAAAAAGGGAGGAGAACAAAAUCGAAACGUGUGUGACGUCGUGUGUGUUAUCCGUGUAUGUGUAUAUAUAUAUAUAUAUAUAUACACGUAUAUAUAUAUAUAUGUGUGUGUGGGGAAAUAUGUGCGUAUGUGGUGUCGUCUCCUCGGCACGAGGAUCAUCAUUGACGUGGUAAAAAAGAGAGCGUUAUCGAAUCCCUGAUAAUAUAAACCAUUAGCUAAAAGUUUCGACCAAUUCGAUACUCUUAGAUAUUCGAAUUAUUUCUCUUCUCUACAUAACUCUCGUGAACCCAUAGAGGAAUAUAGUGUGAUAUAUAUAUAUAUAUACACACACAAAGAGACACACAUAUAUAUAUACAUAUACAUACAUAUAUAUAUAUAUAUAAAGAGAGAGAGAGAGAGAGAGAGAGAGAGAGAGAGAAAGAGAGAGAAGAAGAGAGAAAGAGGGAGUGUGAUAGCAGAAACGAACGAGAUCGUCGAGUGCGAAGAGAUAUCGCACCGUUGACGAAGCGCUGCUCCGUCCGGGGCGUGGGUGCAUCAUCGCGCCGCCGGUUCACGUCACACGGCCGACGACGACCACCGACGGGCCCCAGGAAUACAACAUACAACAAAUAUACACAUAAACAUACACACACACACACAAGCAUACACGCGAACGUAUCACCGAGAUCGACAUAUAAUAAUAUAACCGCAGAGAAAAGCUGCUGCCCCCCUUCCCUCCACCCCCUCCCCUCCUCCGUCGUCGCCUGCUCUCUUCUCGGUUCUACUAUUACUUACUAACUAUACUACUACUACUGCUACUACUUCUUCUUCUUCUUCUUAUUAUUAUUAUUGUUAUUAUUAUUAUCAUCAUCAUCAUCAUCAUCGUCAUCGUUGUCGUCGUCGUCCUCGUCGUUGUCUUCGUCGUCAUCGUCAUCUUUACGAAACACGACUGUUCUUUUCUCUACGGUGUUAUAAUUAAUAAUAAUAAUAAUAAUAUAAUAAUAACUUUAUCAUCGUUCGUCGUUGUCUCCUCGUCGUCCUCUUCGUCAUUGUCAUCAUCGUCAUCGUCAUUGUCGUCGUCGUCGUCGUCGUCAUUGUCGUCGUCGUCGUCGUCGUCAUCAUCGUCAACCUCUCUCUCUCACAUUGUACAAUCCUAAUUGAAAAUUAAUCGUAAUUCGAGUAAAUCGUAAUUCCGACAUAAGACGUCCAGUCGACGAGCAUCCCUCUCUUAUUAUUAUUAUUAUUAUUAUUAUUAUUAUUAUUAUUAUUAUUAUUAUUCUUGUUAUUAUUAUUAUUAUUAUAUUAUUAUUAUUAUUAUUGUAUCAAGAAAGGCGCUUCGAGCUUCUCCGUCCAAUUCGUCGUUUAUCGUCGUUCAUCGAUUGCUAUAAAAAAAUAAGGAAGAAGAAGAAGAACAACAUAACAACAACAACAAUAACAACAACAACAACAACAACAACAACAACAACAAGAGUAACAAUCGAAGGAACAAUUUGAAAGAAAAAGAAAAGGAAACUCAAAAAUAAGAAGGAACUGUUACUGUGACCGUUGUGCGAUUGUGUGAUAGGCUGAUAGAUUGAAAAAUUUAUUAGGAAAGUUGUUACAGUGGAUAAAAGAACAACAACAAUAACAAUAACAACUACGUCUUUCAUUCGGUCUAAUCCCCUUCGUCUUUUCUCAAUAAUCCUUGAUUUUAUUGGUGAUAACAAAUUUCUUUUUUUUUUUCUUCCUUUCUUUUUCCUUUUUUUCCUCACAUAUAUAUAUAUAUAUAUAUAUAUAUAUAUAAAUAUAAAUUUAAAUAUAUAUAUAUAUAUACGCACAUACAUAUACAUACCACACGAACAUAUAUACAUAUGUAUAUGUGUGUAUAUAUAUAUAUAUAUGCUUCUUUGUCACCCUUCUUCCAAACCAUCCCUUUAAUCCUUUGCCAUCACCUUACCCGUGCCGGAUAGACGUAAUAAUAUUUGAAGAUAAUAAAUAACGGAAGAGAAGAAACGAAUAUUAGAGAAUAGAGAAGAGAAGAAGAAGAAGAGAAGAAGAAGAAGAAGAAGAAGAAGAAGAAGAAGAAGAAGAAGAAGAAGAAGAAGAGAAUUCAAGAACGGAGAAGUGGAGUGGCAAUCUCGUUCGUUGCUCCGUCGGACGUGUACUUGGAGUGUCAACUACACGCAUACAUAUAUACAUACAUAUACACCUAGAAAGAAAGAGAGAGAGAGAGUACGGAAAGAUCGUGUAUAUACCGGGUGUCCCGAAAAAUUCUACCCGAUCGAUUUUUUCCUAAAAAUUUUCAUAAAAAUAGUGUUUCGUGCGUGUGCGUUCGUGCGCGCUUAUGCGCGCGCGCCUGUGUAUAUAGUCGCUGUAACAAGAAGGAAAAAGAAAAAAAAAAGCGUAUAUAAUGACGACGACAAAAAGGACGAUGAAAGGAGAAAGGACGAAUCCUAAGACGACGUCGAGGACGACGACUACUAGGAGGACGAAAACAUCAUCGAAAACAUCGACGAGCUCUAGGGGUCUCGAUUGAAGCACCCCCUCCCUUCCCCAACCCUCUCCCACCUCCCGAAGAAAAGAAUAAAUUAAUAAAUAAAAAAAGAAAGAAGAGAGAGAGAGAGAGAGUGAGAGAGAGAGAGAGAGAGAAAAAGAGAAGAAAAAAAAAACUUUCAACGAACUACGUGAGGAUUAUAUUUUUUUUUAUCCACCAAAGGGGAGGAGAGAGAGAAUAUAGAAGAAAGGAUCUUCUCCCCCUAUCCUCAUCACCCCUUUCCUCCUCCUCCUCCUCCUCCUCCUCGCCCUCCCCCUGUUUGUACGAACAACACACACACACAUACGCGCGCGCUCUUCUACCCCCACAACACCCCCGGCCCACCGGCCAACCGGCCCACUGGUCAACCGGCCCACCGGUUCGGACGUACCGAGGGGAUUAAUCUUCAAUAUAACAAACCAAGUGGAAAAAGAAGAGAUCUAUUGAAGGGAAAAGAGUGUGAUCUAUAGAAGAAGAUCUAUAGAAGGAUUUAUAAUAAUUAUAAUAAUAAUAAUAUAUUAUAUAUAUAUAUAUAUAUAAUAUAAAUAUAGACAGAACGAGAUAGGUUGAACGUUAGUAGUAAUAAUAAUAAUAGUAAAAAAAAAAAAAAAAUAAAUAAAAAUAAAAAAAAGGAGGGAGAAAAAAGUAAAAAGGAAGGAAGAAAGGAACGAAAGAGAAAUUAAAAAGAAAGAAGUUAAAAGAAGAUUAGGAGAGGGAGAGAGAGAGAGAGAAAGAGAAGGGAACAAAAAGAAAAAAAAAUAAGAGAAGAAGAUCGUCGCGUAGUCGACGGCGACCGAACGGAUCGCAACACCGUCGGUCCCGUCGCCGCGACGGAAGAAGGAGUCUCACGACGCACACAGAAACACACGGAACACGGGCCACCGAUAGAAAGUCAGACAGAAAGACAGACGGACAUUAUCUAUCGUCUGUGUCGUCUGUGUCGUCGUCAUUGUCCUACGUACGUAUACGUACUCGUUGCGACGGCCGUGUGAUUGCUGGUAGUAGUGUCAGUUGGUGCUCUACUAGCAGAAAGGAGUAUUAGUAUUAGUACUAGUACUAGUGGUAGUAUCAAUAGUGCUACUGCUACUGCUGGUGGUGGACGUGGACGUGGUCGUCGUGGUAGUGGUGGUGUUGGUAGUGGUGGUGGUGGUGGUGGUGGUGGUGGUGGUGGUGGUCGUAGUAGUAUUAGUAUUAGUAACAGCAGCAGCAACAGCAGCAGGAGGAGUAGUAGUAGUAGUAAUAGUAGUAGUAGUAGUAGUAGUAGUUGCGGUGGUGAAGCAGCGAUCGUUACUAGCCCGAGCAACGCCAAGAGCAUCGUCGUCGUCUCGUGGAGUAGCGCGACAGUGGCAGCGUCGCCAGGAGAAAUUGUAGUAGUUGUAGUAAUAGUAACUGCUGUGGUGGUGGUGGUGGUGGUGGCAAUAGUGGUGGUGGAAGUAGUAGAGGAAGAAGAAGAAGAAGAAGAAGAAGAGAUAGAAGAAGAGGAGAAGGAGAAAAAGGAAGAAGAGAAGGAAGAAGAGGGAGGAGGAAGAGGUGAGAUUGGAGGUGGUGAUCAAGAAGGAAAAGGAAAAAAUAUUAAGAGAGAAAGAAAGAUAGAGGAAAAGAGAAAGAAUAGUGUGAUAGUAUUAUUUCGUCAAGAAGAAACAGAAAGACGAAAAAGAGGAGGAGGAGGAGGAGGAAGGAGAAGAAGAAGAAGAAGAAGAGUAAGUGGAGGUGGGCUUUCCACGGAUCCGGUCCGUCGGUUGGUGGUCAUCGAAGUUAACCUCGACGAAGGUUCUUCACGAAGAAAAAGGACCGUUCUCGAGGAAGAUAAAAAGGAGGUAGAAGAACCGAAGGAGGAAGAAGAAGAAGAAGAAAAAGGAAGGAAGGAAGGAAGGAAGAGGAGGUGGAGUAGUAAUAGUGAAGGGGGAGGAGGAGGAGGAGGAGGAGGAGGUGAAAUAUCCUCAUCGCGGUUUUCCCCGCGUCAGAGAUCUCUUCAGAGAGUAUGCAGGUGGCAACGCUGUUCAGGGAGAGCGCCACCCUGCUGGGUGCCUCCACCUUGGAUCCCCCGCAGACUCACCACCAUCAGUCCGUGCAUCAGCAACAGCAGAUCCAGCAACAGCAUGCCGCCGACUUGCAUCUCGGUCACCACAUGCAACAUCACUACAAGAUGUCGUAUCCGUCGCCUGUGCAGAACGGGGGACAAAAUGGGGCGACGAUGAAUUGCACUCAGGGUGUGCUGGUGAAGCAAGAGGCUAGGGACGACGGUUACGAGACGAGUCCAGAUCUCGAGAUGAGAAGCACCGGUGGUGACAGCAGUCAGCAGUACCACACACCGCUGACACCGCACACGCCGCACACACCGCACACCCCGCACACGCCCCUCACGCCCGUAUCGGCGACGGCGCAUCAACCCCAACCACCUGGCUCGACCGCCUCCGCCCUAGGACAGGUGUCAAUAAAAUGCGAGACACCGGUGGAUCCAUACUCCUUUGUAGACGAGGAUAUGUCGAUGGGUGGUAUGAGGUCCGCGAGCAGUCCUGGUGGCAAUCCUGAGAGCAUGACGUGUCCGGGCGGCGUCCAACCGGGCCUGGUUACACCCACGUCGACGCCACCCGGUCCUCUCUCCGGUCAGCAACAUCAUCGGAUCGAUCUCGUUAUGAAUGGUGCUGUGAAUCCUCAGCUAGUGCAUCAACCGAAGAAAAGGGGAAGAAAGAAAAAAUCCGAAAUGAUAUUAACACCUGAAGAGGCGGAGCUCGCGGAGGCGAAAAAACGCGCGAAGACGUAUAAGGAGAGGAAAAAGCACGAUAGGUUCGACGGAAUGCCGGAGGAGGAAGUGAGUAAACGCGUUCUUCCGGAUCACCUGACGAACAACCUCGACAUCAUCAUAAUCGGGAUCAACCCUGGACUGUUCGCCGCAUAUAAAGGCCACCAUUACGCUGGACCUGGGAAUCAUUUCUGGAAAUGUUUACACCUUAGUGGACUUACGCCUGAACCUUUGACAGCCGACGAUGACUACAAAUUAUUACGACUUGGAAUUGGUUUCACGAAUAUGGUGGCACGUGCCACGAAAGGCAGUGCCGAUCUGACGAGAAAAGAAAUUAAGGAAGGUAGUCAUAUACUGUUAGAGAAAUUGCGAAAAUAUAAGCCAAAAAUCGCGGUGUUCAACGGGAAAUUGAUUUACGAGGUAUUCUCGGGGAAGAAGGAAUUUGGAUUUGGUAGACAACCGAACCUCGUCGAGGGUACAAAUACGUACAUGUGGGUGAUGCCAUCGAGUAGUGCAAGAUGCGCACAAUUGCCGCGCGCAGCUGACAAGGUGCCAUAUUAUGCAGCUCUUAAGAAAUUCCGUGACUACCUCAACGGUACGAUCUCCCAUUUGGAUGAGUCAGACAUCGUUUUUGCCGAUUCGAAACUUAAGAAGAAGGAGCAAGAAGCGAUCGAAGAUAAGAAGCCAAUCUUUGCGGAUGAUCUGACGCACGAUGUCGACGGAAAGAUGACGGAUAUUAAUGGUACUUCAGUAAAACAGGAAUCUGGUUUGAUACCGGGUAAAAAGAAACGCGGUAGACCAAAGAAAAUUAAAAAUCCUGAGGAUCAGCCACCACCGGAUCCGGAAAAAUUGGAUGCAAAUGGCGAGGUUAUUAAGAAACGCCGUGGUAGACCCAAGAAGAUUCAUCAGCAACAAAAGCAACAGGAACGGGAAAACAGGGAAAGAGAGCAACAACAUCAACAGCAGCAUCAAGUUAUGAGCCAUUUAAGUAACGCAUAUAACACUGGGGUUCCAAAUUGUUUUUCGCCGCCAUUGAUGUCACCGCCGAAACCUUUCGCCCAUAUGGCACCUUAUCCUCAACCACAAAUGAACGAUACAAGUUUCUUUGGUCAAAGUAUGAACGACACGCCCUACAAUAUGAGCGCGAAACAAAGUCCUGUACAUUUACAACAUUACAGCCAAAGUCCUAAAUCAAUGACGCUUUCCUUCACGCACUCCGAUCUAUCGUCGGAGAUAAAUACCGCGAUCUCGUCGGAAAAUAAUUUAGAACCAUCACCUUUAACCUCGCCUAGCGUCGAUCAUCCGGAUUUCGAGCCGCCUACAAGUAUGUCACAACAAAAUAUGGGUAAUGAUCAUCGGCAAUACAACGCAGCUGGUAAUGGUGAUAAUCCAAGUCAUCAUGGCAGCCCGGGUACUCCAUCGCACGGUGGUUACACGAGUUAUAUGGGUUAUCACGAUCAAACACCGGAUACUCACAAUCCACAUCAAACAACGUCAACGCCUUUGAGCCAAUGUGCCGAUGAGCAUUCCCAUCACUCCCAUCAAACGCCGCCGCAUACCCAUCCCCAUACCCCGACUCAUUCAUCGAUGUCACCUCAUCACCAUCCGCACGAGCAAUACGGAAUGAAACGGAACACAGGACAAGACGUUGCCUCGAAAAGUCUUAGCGAUUUGGAAUC